CCCCUCUUCCUUCCUCUCCUUCCCCUUCUCUUCCAGGAAGCCUUCCUUGAAUGGCCUCUGUGCCUUUGCUUGGGGACAUCCCUCCCCAUCCUCAGCACUGUGUUCCAGGUCCACAGCUGCUUCCUUGACUUUAGGGCAGGCCAGUCUGCCCAUCCGCCCAGGGGCUCCCAGGGUAGGGCCUGGGUCUCCUUCUUCCUUGAGUUCUGCACGUGUGCAACAUCUAUUCUCCAGGUGUGUCAGAGUAGGUCAGCUGGAGCCAAGUGACAGACACAGUCAGGCAGAGAGCAUCUUGCUCUCCAAGGCCCAGCCCAGGUACGGGAGGGGAUAAAAGUCUCGUGCCAGGGCCCUGGGGCAGAAACACACACACCUUGACCAUCUGUCUGUCUGUCUGUCUGCCUCUGUGCGACUGUCUCAGCCAUGUCUCUUUCCCCGUGCAGGACCAAGAGGGGCUUCAGCGCUCACUCGGCCUGUUCUGCUCUCUUAGGGGGUCGCAGCAAGGGCAGCUUCAGCAGCAGGAGCCUCAGUUCCUUCGAUGGCUGCCGAGGGGCCUCUCGUGGGAGGGCCUGGGGGUCGAGGGGAAGGCAGGGGGUGUGGUUUGGACAGGGGAGUGGGGGGCCUGGGCUUUCCCUGUGCCCUCCUGGGGGCAUCCAAGAAGUGACCGUCGACAAGAAUCUGCUGACCCCACUGAAGAUUGAGAUCGACCCCCAGUUCCAGGUGGUGAGGACGCAGGAGACCCAAGAGAUCAGGACCCUCAACAACCAGUUUGCUUCCUUCAUUGACAAGGUGCGGUUCCUGGAGCAGCAGAACAAGGUCCUAGAGACCAAGUGGCAUUUGCUGCAGCAGUUGGAGGUGAGUGACAGCCCCCAGGGCCUGGAGCCUGUCUUUGAGGACUACCUGGCACAUCUCAGGAGGCAGCUGGAGCAGCUGCAGAGAGAACGAGGGGCUCUGGAUGCCGAGCUGAAGGCCUGCCAGGACCAGGAGGAGGAGCAUAAGGCCAAGUAUGAGGAGGAGGCCCGCAAGCAUGCCACGGUGGAGAAUGACUUCAUGGUCCUCAAGAAGGAUGUGGAUGGGGUUUUCCUGAGCAAGAUGGAGUUGGAAGGCCAGCUGGAAGUUCUGAGAGAAUAUGUCUGCUUCUUGAAGCGUCUGUAUGAAGAGGAGCUGGGCCAGCUGCAGAUCCAGGCAAGUGACACAUCUGUGGUGCUGUCCAUGGACAACAAUCGCUGCCUGGACUUCAAUGACAUCAUUGCCGAGGUCCGCGCCCGCUACGAGGAGAUCACCCAGAACAGCAAGGCUGAGGUUGAGACCCUGUAUCAGACCAAGUACCAGGAGCUUCAGGCAUCGGCCCAGCUUCAUGGGGACAGCAUGAAGGAAACCAAGGUCCAGAUGUCCCAGUUGCAGCAAGCAAUCAAGAGGCUGCAGAGUCAGAUCGCCAGUCUCAAGGAGCAGAAUGCCAACCUGCAAUCAGCCAUUGCUGACGCCGAGCACCGUGGGAAGCUGGCCUUGAAGGAUGCUCAGGCCAAGCUGGACGAGCUGGAGGGUGCUCUGAGAAAAGCCAAGCAGGACAUGGCCCGGCUGCUGCGGGAGUACCAGGAACUCAUGAGCACAAAACUGGCUCUGGACGUGGAGAUCGCCACCUACCACAGGCUGCUGGAGGGCGAGGAGUACUGGAUGUCAGGGGAAUGCAGCAACCAGGUCACUAUCUCGACUGUGGGAGGCAGUGCCGUGGUGUCUGGAGGAGUUGGUGAUGGCCAGGUGGGCACUUGUGGACUCAGAGGACCCGGAGGCGGGAGAGGCAGCUUUGGGUCCGGCUGUUCCAGCAUUGUGACAGGAGGCUUCAAUACCAACUGGGGCUCUGGACAGGGACCUGCUUUGGGUUCCUGCUCUGUGUCUGGCUCUGGUUUUGGUUCUGGCUCUGGCUCCUGCUCUAGCCGCGGUACCAUCCUGAAGAAAACGGUGGAGUCAAGUGUGAAGACGUCCAUCACAUACUGAGUGACACAGCUCCUCCCUCCUGAACCCAUCAGCUCCCAUCUCAUCCCCCAGCUCUGCAUGGUCAACUCCAUGUUCACUGCCUGCAGCUCAAACCAGUCUAUGCGGGUUUGAAGACAGUCAAUAAAGUCCCACCCAUCUGCUGUUCUGAGUGCUCA